AGAGGCAGAGCCAACCAAAGGAGAGGCUGUCAUUCCAGCAGAGCAGAGACCUAGCGUUGUCAUCCCAGUACCCAGGCCGCGCCCAGGCAGAGACCUAGCGUUGUUACCCCAGUACCCAGGCCGCGCCGCAGAGGAAAGGAGGAGAGGGCAGGGCUGCAGCUUUUGUUGAGACAGAUGCACACUGGGGCUUUUCUCCCCAGUUCUCUGUAAAAACAAACGGGAGUGAGUGAAGGGGGGGAGGAGGCACGGAGAGGAAGACGAGAAUUAACACCAUCCAUCCUUUUUUUCUAUCUGGGAAGACUGCUGAGUGCUGCUCUUCUCUCUUUUCAUUCCUAUUCUUAUUGUAUCUGCGAAGACUGCUGUCGUUCGGCACAGAGAUUUUCUCUUUUCAUUCCUAUUGUAUCUGGGAAGACUGCUGUUGUUCGGCACAAAUCCUCUCCAUCCCCCUCUUUGCGGCCUUUGCGUCGCCUGGACAGAGAGAGCGUUCCUGCUUUGUUGCCGUUCGUCUCUCAGCCCUCUAUUCGCUGAGUCAUCAUGGCAGACGUUACGCCUCAGGCCGAUGCCCCGACCCCCACCACCGACAAGAUCACGCAGGCCGCCCGGGAGACCAUCUAUCUGUGUAACUUCCGCGUGUCGGUGGACGGAGAAUGGCUCUGUCUCAGGGAGCUGAACGACAUCUCUCUCACCCCAGACCCAGAGCCAGCCCACGAAGAUCCGAAGGACCCUAUAGCCAUCGAGCGGUUGAACCUGAUGAACAUGGCUAAGCUGAGCAUCAAGGGUCUGAUUGAGUCGGCCCUGAACCUGGGCAGGACCCUGGACUCGGACUACGCUCCGUUACAGCAGUUCUUCGUGGUCAUGGAGCACUGCCUCAAACACGGACUCAAAACCAAAAAGACGUUCCUGGGGCAGAACAAGUCUUUCUGGGGGGCCCUGGAGCUGGUGGAGAAACUCACCCCUGAGGCUGGAGAGAUCACCGCCAGCGUCAAAGACCUGCCAGGACUCAAAACCCCGUUAGGAAGAGGGCGGGCCUGGCUGCGAUUGGCCCUGAUGCAGAAGAAGCUGUCAGACUACAUGAAGACCAUCAUCAACAGAAAGGACCUGCUCAGUGAGUUCUACGAGGCCAAUGCUCUCAUGAUGGAGGAGGAGGGAGCCGUGAUCGCCGGGCUGCUGGUUGGGUUGAACGUCAUCGAUGCCAACCUCUGUAUGAAAGGAGAAGACCUGGACUCACAGGUCGGGGUGAUAGACUUCUCCAUGUAUCUUAAGGAUGGAGGUCACAGCAGCAAGACUGUAGAAGGGGAUGGACAGAUCACAGCCAUCCUGGACCAGAAGAACUACGUUGAGGAGCUCAACAGACACCUGAGUGCUUCGGUCAACAACCUGCAGGCCAAAGUGGACACUAUGGAGAAGUCCAACACCAAGCUCACUGAAGAGCUUGCAGUAGCCAACAACCGGAUCAUCACCCUACAGGAGGAUGUGGAACGAGUCAAGGAGGAGAGCUCCUACCAGCUAGAGUCCAGUCGCAAGGCGUCGCGGUCAGGGGACGGCUUGGCAGACGGCCAGGUGCUGGGAGAGGCACGCAAACAGCUUAAGGAGGAAACUCUGCUACGAUUGGAUGUAGAGAAGGAGUUGGAGGUUCAGAUUGGUAUGAAACAGGAGAUGGAGCUGUCUAUGAAGAUGUUAGAGACGGAUAUGUGUGAGAAACAGGAUGCUCUGGUGGAACUACGACAACAGCUGGAUGAUCUCCGGACCCUCAACCUGCAGCUCGCGCAGAAGUCCCAGAGCUCGGAGGUGAGCGCCAAGCAGAAGAGUGAGGUCAUCAGUCGCCUAGAGGAGAAGACCAAUCAGAUGGCUGGGACUAUUAAACAGCUAGAGAUCAGAUCCCGUCAAGCGGAGAGGGAGCGGGACCAGGCUCGGGAGGAUCAUAAACUGUUUAAACAGGAGUUUGGAGACAAGAUAGACUCUCUACAGCUGGAGGUGGAACGCCUACGGAAACACAGAUGGAGUCUGGAGCAGGAGCUGAGGAGGGAGCGAGAGCAUGGAGGUGGUGGCCUGUACAUACACCCUGGGGAGAAGAGGGCCCCAACACCACAGGGAGACCCCAGACAGGUGGACGACAUCAGGAAGGAGCUUGAGGCCGUCAAAAAGGAGAAUGAGCAACUAUGCAACAUGUUGGAGGACAAGAGCAGUCUGGGUUCAGACAUGUCACAUAAUCAGGAUGAGCAGGACCAGUCUUGUCUUGAGAUCCACCAGGCAUCCAUGUGCUCUCUAUGUGAACAGGACGAGUCCAUGACUAAGACCAAGAGACGGUGUGCUAACUGUGGAGGGGUGUUCUGUGGCCGCUGUCUGACCAAUGAGCUUCCUCUUCCCUCUUCCAUCAACCCUGAACACGUCUGUGACGCCUGCUACUCUCAGCUACUGCAGCAGUAUGCAUCCAGCCCAUCCUGAGACUCACAUUUCCUCGUCUCUCUCUCUCUGGAAUACAGUGUCAUUCACUGACAAAAUAUCUAAAGGAACAGACUAACAACUUAACUUAAUAUGGAACUUUUUUUGGGGGGGGGGUGCGGUUUGACAUAGAAAUGUGAGUUAUAGAUCUGUCAUUCUCAUUGAAAGCAAGUUAGAAGCGUUCUAUGCUCACUAUUUUUGUUUUUGACUGCUUUCAUUUUGUUUUUUUUUACACCAGUUUGAAACACGAUAUUUUUGGUUAUGGAAAAGAUAUUCCACUGGUUUAGAUUGAACAAUGCUUCUCUACACUAUAUAUGAUUGAUUUGUCACGAACUGAAAUUAGGCCACACCUAUUAGAGUUUUAGCAAUAAGGAAAUGGAGUGAUUUCUGUACAGUGCAGCUUCAUGGAAAAAACUGACUUCUCAUCUCUAAUGGUUUCAGAUGUCCGACGAACUUCAAUGGACUCCAUGAAAAGGGAUAUAUUUUCAAUAGCCUGGUCCCAGAUCUGUUUGUGCCAUUCAAACCAUGUUUGGCAUACGGCAAGGAGGGGAAUGAUUGCACAAACCGUUCUGGUCCCAGGUUGUGUUUUCUAGGAGUCUUUUGCCAUUUAGGUAUCUGAACCGAUCAACAGUAUUUAUUCAGUGGAUUUUUACUCAAAACAUUUAUUGUGAAACAUUCAAAGUGGGACUGAUGAAUUGAUAUUUUAUCAGAUAGGACAUUUUGGCGAAACAUUGAACUGAGUUCAAGGCUGAUGUCAACCUGGUGCUUUGGUUUGACAACAGCGGGACAAAAUGCAACAUUUUCUACAACUUUUUAAUUAAGAAAUUAAGAAUUACCAAAAGGGAUUAUAUGCCAGCUCUGUAAUUAUCCGGGUGAUGUUAGAGACAGAAAUGAAAUAAUCUUGGAAGUUCUGGACGAGAUGUAAAUGUUUCCUUACUCAAUAAUAAACUGAAGUUUUUCCAA